CUCCCUGCCUGAGGGCGGGAGCGCCCCAGCGGAAGGGCCGUGCACGAGCGCUGCCGCGCCGUCCAGCCGCGCCUCUAUGGUGCUGGAGGACCGCGUGCCUGGGGCAGGCGUGGCGCCGCGGCGGGGCACGUUCUGGUCGCGGUGGUGGCGCAAGGAGUGCCAUGCUGGCCGCGCGGUUGUUCACCGUGCCGAAACUUCCUUCUCUUCUGGCUAGGACGCUGGUGUCUGGGACCAAUGGCUCGCCAUUGCUUCCAGACAUGGCUGAAGAACUCUCUGUUGCUUGGUGCCAGCAAAAAUAGAUGAGCACAAAUCUUGAACCGUGUGUCCAGAAGUGCGAAGCAGAUUGAGGGAUAUAGUGGGAGCAUCUACCAACUGGAGAGGAUAAUCCACAUGCUGGAUUUAUCCUGCACUGGAUUCAUAGGCAGCUGAGUUGGUUCUGCUUGAAGCAGGCUGCACCGUGAAUGGCCUGGCAGCAUCCAUACAGCCGGAUGUUGUGAAAUACUUGCUUUAUUCAGUCAGGCUGCACUGUUAAGGUGAGGGUGUUUUGGAGGAGCAGGUAAGAGAGUAUGAUGGGCAACGCUGUUGCAUCACAGAUACUUGUGCAAGGAACCAGCUUGGAAAGAAGUGACAAUAAGUUGGCCGUACUCCCUCGUGAGACUUGCAACCCCCCUGGGCAUGGUGGGACUGGAAAAGUAACUCUGAAUUAUUGCUCCCUUUUCUGUAUUGUUUCUUGUCAUAACUUUCCUGUUCAGUUGUAAGAUAACUGAAUAGAAAGAGAAAGGGAAAUAUGUAGAUUGACUUUCAAUUCUUUGUGUCCUACUCAAGUGUGUGCUGCAUGAAUUGAUGCUGUGAGGGAAGAAAACAUCUGUAGGUGACAGCAAUUCUUAGCAGAUUAGUUCUCUUAAUUCUUAGAAUUUACCAGUACUAUACAUCUGCUUUACUUCUUGGGAGAGAUUCUGAGUUGAAAGUCCUCUAAAACUGACAGGGUAGGAAGAGUUGUAAUACAGUAGCUAUGGAAGACAUGAAUAGGCACAAAACAUUACAGGUUAAAUUAUGUGUGAUCUAUUUUUUUUUUCAAACCAAGUUGUUCUCAAGGAGAACCAUUUUUGUAGCAUUCGGAAUUGGAUGCAUUUUGUUCAUCUCUUUAUUGUAAAGUUUGUGCUUGCCACUGACAGGCAAGACCACUUAAAACUUUCCUUCAGUAGUCUUGCUUUGCAAAUUGAAUUAUGUACCUUUCUCUUUCUUUUCAAGACACACUUGUUUUGUCUUAGAACGUUUAAUUAUUUUUUGUUUUCCUUUUGGUAACAUGUGAUCUGUUAGCUAGGGUUUUAGCUGUCUAGUGUACUGUUGUUGUAUGCCAGAGAGUGUUUCUUUCCUUGCCAGGGAUCAUGUCCAAGCAAUGCAAGAAAGAAAAGCUCUUCAUACUUUACUGGCAAAACGGCAGGAAGAUCUCCCCCCUAGAAGAAUGAAAGAUAGCUACUUGGAAGUUCUUCUGCCUCUAGGAAGUCAACCCGAAAUACGAGAGAAGUAUCUGAAUGUACACAACAGUGUAAGGUUUGGAAGAAUACUUGAAGAUCUUGACAGUUUAGGAGUUCUUAUUUGCUACACUCACACCAAGCAGGAAAUGCAGCCGAGAUCUCCCUUAUCCAUAGUUACAGCCCUGGUAGAUAAAAUCAAUUUGUGCAAGAAAGUCAUAUAUCCGGACUGCGACAUCAAAUUUACAGGCAAUGUUUCUUGGGUUGGGAAGACCUCAAUGGAAGUGAAGAUGCACAUGCUGCAGCUACACGAUGGUGAUUACAGCCCUGUGCUAGAUGCAACCUUUGUCAUGGUGGCCAGGGAUCCAGAAAACAAACGGCCAGCCUUUGUUAAUCCACUUGUUCCUGAGAGCCCUGAGGAAGAAGAAAUCUUCAAGCAAGGAGAAUUGAACAAGUUGAAGAGGAUUGAUUUCAGCACGGCUUCCCUACUGAAAAUGGCUCCCACUGCAGAAGAAAGAAACGUCAUUCAUGACAUAUUCCUUAACACACUGGACACAAGGACAGUAAGUUUUCGGAGUCGUAUAUUGCCACCCAAUUCAGUGUGGAUGGAAGAUGCAAAGCUAAAGGGCCUACAGAUUUGCCAUCCUCAGGAGCGGAACAUCUUCAACAGGAUCUUUGGGGGCUUCCUAAUGAGAAAGGCAUUUGAACUGGGAUGGGCAACUGCUUGCAGCUAUGGGUGUUCCAGGCCUUUUAUUGUCUCGGUUGAUGAUAUCAUGUUUCAGAGGCCAGUUGAGGUUGGAUCCUUAUUACUGCUUUCUGGACAGGUCUGUUACACAGAGAAAAACUACAUCCAGGUUCGAGUACACAGUGAGGUUUAUGAUGCAGAUACCAGAGAGCACCACACAACCAACAUCUUCCAUUUCACAUUUAUAUCAGAGAAUGAGGUCCCACGUGUUGUCCCCAAAACAUAUGGAGAGUCCAUGUUGUACUUAGAUGGGAAGCGACACUUUGCUGCAAUCAUGAAAGAAAUCUGAGAGGCACCCAGUGCUGUGCCAGCUGUGUAGCAGCUUACUGGCUUGGAAGGAGCUGUCUGUGAGCCAUCUCGGGGGAUAUGUGCUUGCAGUACUAAAAACAAGCAAAGCAACUGCCUACUCCUUUUCAGUGCUAUUUAUGUAUUUGCACAUAAAUGGAUUUUGUUUUAUUCUCUGCUCUUAGGAUCUGUUGCAAUCUACUUUAGCGCAUGAGUUCUGUUAGGAAACAAGACCGAAAAACUUGAAGCUUUAGAUAGAUGGGUUCUCUGUCUGCUUUGAAAGAUCUCAUUUCCCUCCUUGCUGUCUUGUCCCUAUCUGCCUUCUUUCCCUCAUAGCUCCCCUUUGUGUUUCUCUGGGAGGAGACAGAAGUUCUUUCAGAAAAUGUCUGCAAUCAGUAGAUACACACAGCUCAAGCCAUUUGACUUGUAUUUGCAUGUAAAUUAGGCUUAAGGUAUUGUUUUUGAGGAAGGACACAGGCAUCUGGGCAGCAGCAGAAGCUCAGAAGUUCUGAGUAUGUGCGUGGUGUCCAAGCAGGUGUUUUCCAUCAGCUGGAAUUUUACAAGACUGUUGCAGCUUCUUGUUUGGAUGGUUUCCAGCCCUCGUGAGAGGAGCUCUUCUGUGAUGAGGUGGCUGGAUGGUCUGUUCUGAUGUUCUAGCUUUAUACAGCUGGUCCUGUCAGCCUCUUCUAAGAACUUGUUUUUCCUUUGCUGUAACUGCACGCUAGUUCUUGAAUGAACGAUUUCUUACAGCCUGUCAAGUUCUGAUUGGCCAGAUUGGGUAAGACGGGGAAAUGGUACUGUAGAGCAGAAUGUUUUGGAUUCUUAGGGUUUGGAAGCAGAGAAGUUAUUUGAAGUUCUUUUUCCGUUUGCCCUUACUUGUUGGCUAUUGGUCUCGUGCCGGUAUUUAGCCUUAGAUGGAGUUUACCACCCGCUUUGGACUGCAUUCUCCCCCCUCCAAAAAUGGGAAUGGCUGUGUUUGAUUGAUGCAAGAAUUAGAUGUCCAGAGGAUCUGUGCUGAACAGGUGGGUGAAAAUGAUGUAGACAACACAGAUGGAUGGAACGAGUUGAUAAAAUAAAUCAGCGGGUUGUGAUUUUUUUAUUUCAGAGUAAGAAAGUUUUAAAAAUUCAUGUUUAGGAACAGCUUUCCUUGAUCCUAGGAUAGUGUGAAGUUGAUGGCUCUUAAAGCUGAUUGCUUUUUGUGUAAUGAGACUCUUAUAAUAACAGUGUGUUACACAUUGGCCUUUUCUUUCUAAGAAUUUGCUGCACGUAUUUAUAAGCGAGGCAGCUUUCCAGUGAUGGAACCAGGGCUGUUACUGAUCUGGAUGGGUUUAAUCAGCUGCAGAGACAGCAAGCUCCUGGUUCCUGGCUCCUUAAAUUUCUCUCUUUGAUUGCUGAUUCAGCCAUGUAUCAGUUAUUCUCUUUAACGGUUAUGCCACUGUGGGUAUGUAUUAUAUUUUCUGUUUUCCUUACUUCUAAAACUCUCUGGAAACUGAAUAUACUUGACUGACCACGCAAGUAGAGAACUGAAAUUCUAUCCCAGCUUCUUCCUCACUGCCUAUGUCACUGUUGGAUAUUCAGAAAUAAGCAGGAAGGCAGGGAGUGGAGAGAGAGGUGUCAGAGCCAGAUGUUAUUGCUUCCAUCUGCAAGCUUUUAUCAUUGGCCCAGUGGUCCUACAUGGGUUGCAUCUGCAUAGUAAUUGUAAGUUAAGGGGGCACCAAAUUGUUCCUCUGUUGCCCCUUCAAUUAUAUUUAAAUAUGAAGUUAUCAUAAUUUCUAUUCAUAAUUUCCUUUGGGAGGGGGUGGGAGAGGAGAAAAGGAGAUGAUAGAGCCAGAAGCAAGAUGUGACAUCACACCUCUGGGCACAGGAAAGGAAAUCCAUCCACAAAUGAAGAUACUUAAAAGGAUGGGUGUGUUAUAGUUCAUGAUAACUUAACCAUGUACCGCAGUCACAGUAGUUAUAAAGAUGUACUUACAGCUGUGCAGAACUUGUGUGUUUAUAUAUACAUAUGUAAGACAUGUAAAAUGCAUCUUUUACUAUAUAGAAAUAUAAUCUCCCAUAUUUUUAGUCUGGGACAGUAACUCCACAUUGUCAGCCUCUUUGAAAACAGGAAAAUGAAUCUUGGUUCGAGGAAUACUAUUUAUGCAUUUCUCUGUGUACCUGUGUGUAUGAGAUGAAAAUUACUUGUUUUUAGAUCUUGCAUUGAGAAUAAAAACAUUUUACCAUAGUAAUUAACGCUAA